AUGCCUUCGCAACGCCCCUACUUUCUCUCCUCCUUCAUCGCCGCUUUCCGCCAGCAGCCCCCUCCGUCCACCUCCACCCAGGGCGGCGGCAAGCAGCAACACAACACCAGCACAUCAUCACAGGCUCAACCGCAGUCCCAGCCACAACAACCACAAACGGCGGCGUCUGGCCCGACCUCGAGCGCCAUCGCCGCCGCAGCCUCCGCGGCGGCGGCGGCGACUGCCAACCAUCACCGCCACGGCGUGACGCUGCACUCGCCGCACAACCACCACCACCACCACCACGGGAACACGAGCGGCGGCGCGGUCGGCAUACCCAUUCCGAGCGGCGGCGGCCGUCGCCGCGGGAGCGACUCGAGCAGUGAGGGCUUUCGUGAUGUGCUCGGCGCGGAUAAGUGGUAUAUUGGUGGGCGCACGGCCACGGGCGAGGAAAAGUUCUUCAAGCUCGGCGUGGUCAGGCGGGUGCGCAGCAACGACGGCUUGAGCCUGGACCGCUUGAGUCUGUAG